CAACAUUAUCUCCAACAACAACAUUAAUGAAGGGUGAUGAUGUCAGCCACAUUCUUACCCCAACAUUUGCUGUUUUUGGUACUGUACUAGGUUUUGUUGUCCUAGCAGUUUGUGUUUGUAAAUGCAGUAAAAAGAGCAACAAGAGAGAUCCAUUCCAUAAUAGUUCAAUGUGUAACAGGACAUACGAUCGACAGAUGCCAAAACAUGAUGAAGAAUAUGCCAUUAUCUCAGAGAUAGAACUAGAUAGUGGUACCACUUUUUAUAAACCAAGCCUACCCGAACGCGGAAAUGACUCAUCGGGCAACACAUAUCACACUAUAGAACACGGUCGAGAUGUAUCAAAUACAGCUGUAAUAACUUUAGAUGAAUAUAGCACACCCUCCGACAUGAUAACAGAUAAAUGUAAGGCUGAUCCCGCAGAUGAAUACAAGACCACAUAUGAUGACCCUAUACGGCACAACUUGCAGAACACAGCUGAAUGUAAACGUAAAAGUGAAACGAAAGACGCAAAUGGAAACCUUGCACAGGAAUCAGAUAACAUCCGUGAUAAAAGUUUUCGCGAUUCUCGUGAUGGUGAAAAUGAAAUUUCAGAGUCCUAUGAGUACAUUAUAGAUACUAAAAAAGAAACAAGUGUUAAUGAGGAAUCAUUAAACACUGUUAAAGAGCAGGGAAAGGAAGCGGAGAAUGACAAGUUCUUUGAAUCGGAGGAAAGUCAUGCAGUAGAAUGUAACUUUUCAACUCCCGCCCGAAGCGUUAUCGGAGCUACAGGCGGUAAUUUUGAAUGUUUCAUUCCCACUGUUUUAGAAGGACACAGUUCUUCUGCAGAGGACAAAGACUAUGAAGAUACGAAUAUAAUUGAUGGAAAUUUUCCAUCUAGGCCGAAAGAUAUUUUCGAAGAGCAUGUUUGUCUUCAUUGUUUAAAACCAGAACAUUUGAAAAGACUGGGUAUAAAGAUCAUACCUGACAAACCAUUGGAAGAUGUUGAAAGGAGAUUGUCCGAACCACAACGCAAGACUAACUAUAGCGCUACUGAAACAGACAGAACGUUAAGAAGAUGUUUAACUGACGUGUCACGCAAAGACAGACAAAAUGAUCUCAUUGAUUUCGUAGAAAACACUGAUCAAGAUGAAAAUUUUAGGGAAUGUAUUGUAUGUAAUAACGUUUAUGACCGCAUGGGGCGCAUAAGAGAAAAGUUAGAUACUAAAAAUGAUGUAAAUGAAUAUGAUCAUUUAAGUAAUUGGAAACAUAUAAGUGAAGAGAAGACUUUGAUGGAAAAUUCGUAGUGUUUUGGGAGAUGAAAACCGUUUUUUAUGUAUUUGUUAUUGCGUUUGUUGCAAAUAAGUCCGACCUUUCAUCCGUAAUAACAUAAUUAAAGUUGAUGAGUUCAUAGACAAUUGUUAAAAGUUGAUGAAUUUAUAGAAAACAAAUUACAUGGAGAUCAUUUUUCAGUGUUUUCAUGAUAUCAUUUCUAAUUACUAGUAGGCCAUACCAAACUGGAUCUAUGUUUAGCGUCCUUAUCAUUUUUGGAAGCCUACAUGCUAGUCAGGAAAAGGUAGAAUUGACUUGAUACCGAUGACAAAGUCACCCCGGUAAUUAACCAUAUGGGACUUUUAAACAAUUGUAACUAGGUAAAUUUACUUAAAACUGACGUAGUGAUUCAUUAAUGAACAGAAUGGGCCAUUGUCUUUAUGUUUUAUUUGCAACCACUUCCGAUUUUUAAAAUUUCGAGAAUAGAUUUUUCCAGUCCUGCAUCCAAAAAAACCCCAACAAAAUCGUACCAACUCGAGGACGCCAAAUAUAGAUCCACUUUGUUAUGACCUUAGCUGUAUUUGUCUAAUAUGUAAAUUAUUCCGGUGUAGUAAUGAACCGUCUGUUUCUUGCAAAACUAUACAUUUUAAGUCAACUUGAUCUUUCUACAUGUGACGUGUCAGGUAAAAUACAUAAAGAUAGGUCAUUACAAGUCGAAUAAUAAAAUGUAUGUACUGUU